AAGGAAAAUAUGGCACUAGACAACAAUACUGUUGGUACUUACAGGCAACCAGCAGCUUACAGGGUCCAAAGAGAAAUGCAGACUGAGGAGCACUUCCAGGCAUACUUUGAAAGAAAACUGUCCUCCACCUUGGGUGGAGCACUACGAAUCUCUCGAGAGAACAGACGGCUACAGUGCAGCUUCUCCUGGGAAAGGUUCAGAAAGAUCACACUCAAGGUCUUCCCUGUCCUGAACUGGCUGUUUUCAUAUCGGUUCAGAGAAUGGAUCUUGAGGGAUCUACAUGCAGGCCUAAGUGUUGGGAUGUUUCAGAUUCCUCAAGGCUCAUUCAGCAUCCUAAAUGUGGUGGUGACAAACAUUCUGAAGACUCUUAAUUUCAGCCAAACAUUGUCCUCUAAUAGUUCACUGGACAACUUCUCAGACCCUAUAUUUAUGAAGGAUUGCAUGGAGGCCUUGACACUUACUGCAUCAAUAACAUUUUUGACUGGCAUCAUUCAGUUGCUGCUAGGCUGCUUUUGCCUGGGGUUCGUAACAACAUACGUGCCAAGGACACUCAUUGAUGCUUACCUCACUGCAGCAGCACUGCAUGUCAUUGUAUCACAGUUUACCUGUAUUUUUGACAUCAUGCUUGGCUUCUAUAAGGGCCCCCUGGACAUUUUCUAUAAUCUAUUUCAUUUCUUCCUGGCUCUCCCAAAGGCUAAUGCCACCAGCAUAUUGUUAUUUUUGCUUAGCGUGGCCGCACUACAACUUAGUAAAUCUAUCAUGAUAACUUAUAAACAUAGUCCUGUUGCAUUUCCUAUGGAACUUCUCUUGAUUAUCACAGUCACCAUUAUUUCUAAUCGCAUUCAUCUUCACGCUGAAUCUAGUAGUGCUGUGGUCAGUAUGAUUCCUCAGAGGUUUCUGCCUCCUACACCGCCAGAUUUAUCAAACCUGAGCAAGAUCAUACUGCAUGCCUUCUCCCUUGCUAUUGUAAGCUAUUUCCUUCUUGUUUUUGUUGGGGGAAGGUACGCUUCACUUCACCACUACAAUAUUGCCAGCAAUCAGGAGCUAAUAGCUGUGGGGCUAUGCAAUAUUUGCAGCUCAUUUUUCAAAAGCUUUGUUGUGAGCUGUGCUAUUUCUGGAACUGUCAUUCAAGAGAAGACAGGUGGAGAAACACAGUUAGCAGCAGCGAUUGGAGCAUCUGUGAUGCUGGUGAUUGCACAAAACCUAGGACACUUUUUCCAGGUGAUACCUAACGGUAUACUGGCUGCUAUUGUGGUAUUUAACAUGCUCCCUUUUCUUGAAAAAUUUCUGGACGUCCCCAUCCUGUGGAGACGGGAUAAGUAUCAUUUCGUUAUUUGGCUUGUAACUUUUGCUGCAGUGCUUUGUCUUGGUCUUGAUGUCGGUUUAGUGAUCGCCAUGGGAUCUGCAUUCUUCAUAAUCACCAUUAGGUCACACAGAAUGAAGAUGGUGGUGCUGGGACAGAUUCCAAACACGAAUAUUUAUAGAAGUUUAUCCAUCUACAGAGCCGCAAGGGAGAUUGAAGGUAUCAAAAUCUUUCAGUGCUGUUCUUCCAUCUCUUUCGCAAACAUGUAUUACUUCAAAACCUAUUUGUUACACAAGAUACCAUAUACAGAGAAACUGGUGAAGCGACGUCACGCAGACAGCGGUUCCUUGUCAUCUUCAGUUAAUUUGGUACAUUGGUCAAAGUAUGGAGACAAACUCAGCUCUAGGACACUCUUGGUGGGAGUAGCCGAUGCGCAGUGUGCAUCCCCAGGCUUCAACACGGGACUUGCGACUGAAAAGAACGAGGAUGAAGGGAGAAAAGCUUGCCUUUCACCAGGCUCUGCAAUAGAUAAUUCCUCAGUACAGUUAGAUCAGGAAGAACAAUCAAUGUAUUCGCUAUGUCCAGUUCACACCAUUAUUUUAGACUUCAGCAUGGUGCAAUUUGUGGAUUUGAUAGGUUCAGAGUUACUGCGACAGAUCAUCCAUAUGUUUCACAAUAUUGGCAUUACAGUCCUUAUAGCUGCCUGUCACUCCUCUGUGAUAGCAGACUUUGAGAAGAAUGAUUUCUUUGACAGCUGUGUCACCAAAGAAAGGUUCUUUCUAAUUCUUCAUGAUGCUGUGCUGGCUGCUUUGGACAAGCAUCAAAAGCCAGAUGAGCUAGAAACUACUGCGGAAGAGUCUGCUGAAGAACCACUAGCUGAACAGCAGCAG